CGAGCGCCGGAGGAGGAGGAGGAGGAGGAGGAGGAGGAAGGGCAGGUUGACUUCGACACAACCGAACGCUGCUUUUCUCCGCUCCACUCUCGGUUUCGUUUCGUCCAAGUUUCCUCUCGUGGACGCCGUACAAAUCUCCUCAGCGCUUUAACGGGAUCCUACAGCGACGUCGGGUUACUGCUGUUGAGAAUUUAAACGGCUGCUGGGACAACUUACCUAAGCUAAGCUAAGCUAAGCUAAGCUAGCGGUCUCGCGUCCCCCGGUUAGCUAGCAGUGAUCAACACAACUCGGCGGAUUAUUAUUAUUAUUAUUAUUAUUUAUUAUUAUUAUUAUUAUUAUUAUUCCUUUUAAUUCUGGGGCCGUUUGAUGGAUCCUAGAAUCGCCUGGUUUCAACCAGAACAGCGCGGACCUGCUAACAGCCUGUGGAUGCAGAUUUGGGAGACGACGCAGGGCCUCGGAAACCUGUACUUUCACGGUAACGGAAAUAGCAACAGCAGCGCGGGGGCAUCGGUAGUAACGGCAGGAGGUGGUGGUGGUGGAGGAGGUGGAGGAGGAGGAGGAGGAGGGGGAUACAGCUCGAGCCCCAAGCCGAGCGGAGACAGCACCGGGGCCGGGCAGCACGACUGCGCCGAGCACAAACACCGAGUCAUGUCUGGGGAAAUCUCGGAGCAGCGGGACUUCAUACCGUUAGACAGCAAUAACGUCAACAACAACCACCACAACCAGCGGAUUGCGGCGGCUGCAGGCCGGGGCGGCGCCGGGGGAGCGUGUAGCGGGGCGCAGGACGCAGCGGCGCAGCGCAACAAGCGCAAACGGGACAACAAGGCGAGCACAUUCGGGUUCAACCAAAGUCUCUUAUUCAACGGACACAGGGGCACAGACACGGGCCUCUACACCGGGACACCGUGGAAACGUAGAAACUACUCCGGGGGAAUUGUAGGGCUCCAUGAGGAGAUCAAAGACUUCUACGAGUACAUCUCUCCUCGGCCAGAGGAAGAUCGGAUGAGGCUGGAAGUCGUCGACAGAAUUCAGAGAGUCAUCAAGGACCUGUGGCCCAGUGCAGAUGUCCAAGUCUUUGGCAGUUUCAGCACCGGACUGUAUUUGCCUACAAGUGAUAUAGACCUGGUAGUGUUUGGAAACUGGGAGACGCUUCCUCUGUGGACGCUGGAGGAGGCGCUGCGCAAGAGGAACGUUGCUGACGAGAAUUCCGUUAAAGUGCUCGAUAAAGCAACGGUUCCGAUUAUCAAACUGACAGACGCUCGCACUGAGGUCAAAGUGGACAUCAGUUUUAAUGUGCACAGUGGUGUUAAUGCUGCCAAUCUCAUCAAAGACUUUAAAAAGAAAUUCCCUGUGUUGCCGUACCUGGUGCUGGUGCUAAAACAAUUCCUGCUGCAAAGAGAGCUGAAUGAGGUGUUUACUGGAGGCAUUGGGUCCUACAGCUUGUUUCUCAUGGCUGUCAGUUUCCUACAGCUACACUACAGAGAGGAUGUGUGCAGUCCCAACUCCAACAUGGGCGUCCUGCUCAUCGAGUUCUUCGAACUGUACGGCCGCCAUUUUAACUACCUGAAGACGGGCAUCAGGAUUAAAGAUGGCGGCUCGUACGUAGCCAAAGACGAGGUGUUGAAAGGCAUGCUGGAUGGAUACAGACCGUCCAUGCUGUACAUCGAAGAUCCACUGCAGCCUGGCAAUGAUGUGGGAAGGAGCUCAUAUGGAGCCAUGCAGGUAAAGCAAGCGUUCGAUUAUGCCUACGUAGUCCUGAGCCACGCCGUCUCUCCCAUCGCCAAGCACUACCCCAACAACAAAUCUGAAAGUGUGCUGGGUCGAAUAAUCCGCAUCACAAGGGAGGUAGCAGAGUAUCGAGAUUGGAUCAACGAGCACUGGGGCGGGCAGUCGCAAACCGAGGAGGCGCUCAACUGCAACGGAAAUGAUGUCACCCUCCUGGUGGAGCCUCAGGAGCUGGAUGAGUGUAACAACAACUUGCGUGACGAGAUUGUGGUCCUUCCUCCGGCGCCGAGGAGUAAAGCGUCCUCCAACUCCUCCUCCCCACCUCCUUCCUCACCUUCGUCACCCUCUUCGUCCUCGUCGCCUUCUCCGUCAUCCACGACUUCCAGCGAUGCAGAUUCGGACGGAACGCCGUGCAAGACGGUGAAACAGCUGCCUGGCCGGGGCUCCGGCGCUCACAGAGAUAACACGGAGAGGAAUCUGUCCAAUCACAGAGCUCAGUGUCAUCCCAUGUCCACACCCACUACAGGCCACAAAGGCAGCAAGCAGAGCCGACAGUUUCGCCCGAACAAAAGUUCUCCGGCGCAACAGAGCAUCUCGAACAGCAAGAGCCACCAAAGCAGCAAAGCCCAUCACCACGCCGCCGGAAAGAGACGGAAAAACCAGCGUGAGGCAGCGCACGAGGACCUGUGCAGAUAGGAUGCGAUCUUUUCUUCCCAGACAUUUGCCUACUCUUACUUCCCUGACCACAAGGGGGUGCUGCCAGAGUUAUUGUGCCCUCUUUACCCAAAUCUGGGUUCUUUUUUUUUAAAGCAGUGAAAAAAAACAAACAAAGAAAAAAAGAAGAAAGUGUGGAAAUGGAGGCAAAUAAAUCAGGAGUGUUUAUUUUUCCUUCUCCUUUUUUUUUUUUUCUUCCUUCCUCACAGGCUUUUCUACUGCUUGUGCUUGGUGUGGUGGAGUUUUUUUAGGCGUCCUCAUCGACUCUCUGCCACAGAGACCCUUCUCUUAACGGUGUGGAGGACCAAAGACUUGAAAAUAAAAAAAAAAGAAAGAAAAUAAAUAGAAAAAUUACAGAGACUCAGAUGAGCAAUAUCUUGAAGCCCUGGACUUAAAAAAAAAAAUACAAAAGACUGAUAUUUGAAAACACAAAAAAAAUGAGCUCCAAUUUUUAAAAAAUGAGGAAAAAAAAAUACAAUCACUGAAAUUCAGGAAAGAAUUUAUGCAUGAAGAUUUUUUUUUCUUUGCAUUUUUUUUCUUUUGAAAGAGUGAAAUUAUUUACCAUGUGUUAAUUAGAUGGAUUUAUACAAAACAAAACCAACAAAAAAAGCAAAAAAAAAAAAAAGAUGAUAAAAUGUCUCUAAAUCAUAAGGAAAAUUUCAUAGAUGUUUUUACUGGAAUUGUCACAUUUUUUGACAGAGCCAAACUGGGAAUUAAUUUAAUCAUCAGCAUCUGAAGUGUGUAUGUGUGUGUGUGUGUGUGUGUGUGUGUGUGUGUUGCAUGUGUCUGAAUAUGGUGUUGAUGUACAGUAUCUGUUUGUGAUUCUACGUUUACGGAGGUGCAUGAAUGUCUUAUUGUCAGAAACGGUUCGAGCGUGUGUGUGUUUUUGUUGUCUGUUGCGUGCGCACACACACCCACACACACACACGCACGCUUUCAUUCGUCUGAAAUUGACAUCGUCGGUGUAGCAGAAGCGAGCUUGUCUCAGCAUUGUGCUUAAUGAGAGAAUAUUUUACAAAUCACUACCCGAUUUAUAAUCCUUUUUCUUCUGUAUAGCAUCAAACCCCAAAAUUAUUUGAAUUGUAUGCAUUUUUUUUUCUCAAAGACUUGAAAUAUAGAUAUAUAAUAUUAUAUAUAUAUUAUCUAUAUAUAUAUAUAUAUAUAUAUAGAUAUGUGAUCUAGAUGUGUAUCUAUGGCCAGAUGAGGAUGAUGUGAAUGUUGGUCAUCUUAUAUUGUGGCUAAGUCACUGUUCAGUUCAUUUAUUAAUUUGUUUUUGUUUCUUUCUAUCAAACAAUUGAACCCUCCGAUGACCAACGUUUGUCUAAACUUUUCCAAGUGACCAUUUUAAACACAUUGUUUUAACCUGUGGCUGGUCUACUUAUGUUAUAAAAUGGAAAUUAAUUUUUUUUUUCUUUUUGGGGUGAUUUUAUUUUAUUAUUAUUAUUAUUAUUACUUUUUUUUUUUUUAAGUUACAUUUUCCCCCCAUGUGUCAUGGAAACUUUUGUCACUGCAGUACAUCAACCGACCGCUAGAUGGUAGUCUAGCCUUUUUUUUCCCCUCCACAGAGUUUCCUUGUCAUCUUGUCAGAUUUGACCAUAAAUAUAUAUUUUUUUGACGUUCAAGUGGAUCAGAUUUAACACUUGUAUGAAAACAGAUGACGUUAGGAGGGAGAGAGAAAGGAGGAAGCAUAAGAGCUUGAAGGGUCUCUAGUGCCAUUGAGAAUGUCUGAUGGUUUCAGAUGAACUGUAAUUGUGAUAACUCAUGCAAUAAACCUCAGCACAAUUUAAAAAAAAAACAAACAAAAACCAACCAAGGCGGCAUUUUCACUGUGUGUCCUUUUAUUAUAGGUCUUUUGAAUUUAUGUGCAGCAUCUACAUUUUAAAGCAUGACUCUGUCUGUUUCUGGGGUAAUUCAAGUCGAAGGGUCGUUAAUUCAGAGCUAGGACAGCAAUGUUGCCUGGGAUUUCUGGGUUGGAAGGAAUUAGCUAAUCAGCUGAACUCAUUCAAAAUGGUCAAGGAAAAAAAAUGGUUCUGUCAUUUUGCUCAACAAAAAUUCUGAUUAAAAUAAUUGAAUAAUUUAAAA